UGAAAAUAAAACAGCAUUCGGAAAUGAUUGUCUCUCUCGCGACCGGAUUGUGUAAGUUAACUUGUAAGUUUCAGUUUCACAUUUAAGCCUGAAUCAAGCAGAUUUUCAGUGUCAUCAGUGAAAAUAUUUUCAUUAUAAGUCAAAAUGGAGGCUAGAAUAAUGGAAAAUAGGGAGAAAGCGAAAAGGCCUGUGAGAAAUAAAAGAUUUAACAGGAGGGCGUACGGCGAAGAAAAACGACCGCCCAAAAGAUUGUUCACGCCCGAAAUCAAAAAAUUCCUCAAAGAUUGGCUAGUCAGGCGCAGAGAAAACCCUUACCCGAACAGGGACGAGAAAAAAAUCCUGGCUGUACAAACAGGACUGACUUAUAUACAGGUGUGCAAUUGGUUCGCAAAUUGGCGCAGAAAGCUGAAGAACGCGGGCAAAGAGCCGCAACGUCGCACUUGGGGCGACCUGAUCAAAACGUACAACAACCAAGUGCAUGGCAACGUCGAACAUUUCAGCAUUUGCUCCGAAGACAGCAUUUGGGAGGAACCAGAGUUCGAACACCAAUACGUCAAAAGUCACUUGUAUAACAACAAUAACAGUGACACGCAAAAUCAAUGCUACUACGUCAGUUCGACAACAGAAAUGGACAGUAAUCCGUUUUCUCAGUCAGUGAAGUACAAAAAUCACAUAAUGGAAAAGUACAUGAGGGAUUGUCGUCAGCAAAAUCCGGAAAUGGACAAGCCGUCAAUGAUUGCAAAAUGGCUGCAAAGUGCGGAAAAAUUCCGGCCGGAAGAGGGCAACUAUAUCGACUACUGCUUCGAAAAGCCUCAAAAAAAGAAGAAAAUGACAUUUUUACUUCACGGAAAAGAAGAACUAGACGCUGCAGAGGCUCUGACGUCAUUGGCCAACUCGAAUAAAGCUCAAUUUUUAUAAUCGUUUUACUUAUUAUUAUUGUAUUUACUUAACCCUACUUUGGCGGCCAUAUUGGUUUUUGUUGACAAUCAAUAUGGCCGCCAUCAUAGUCAAUUGUUAACAGUCUGUGAUUGGUUGAAUAUAUUGUUUGGUGCUUGGAAAAAUAAAAUUUUUGGCAACACUGGAAUUUUGAAUUUUAUUCACAAAUCAAUUCUUCUUCAACUAAAUCUUCCUCUCCCCACAAUUUUAUCGUAGUGACGCAGCCGGUAAGGACAAUGUCCUUAGUAGGAUGUACGCUCAACGAAUUCAAGGCCUUAUUACGCGCAUGCGUGAAUUUAUUUGUCACUUUACCAGUGACCAAGUCCCAACACCAGAGGUCGCCAUUGGCCGAGCCUGACAGUACGAAAUUGUCAUUUGUCAAAAUGUCACUUUCGAUGUUUAAGUUGGCAAUCCUGUGUCCU